CGAUUAGGAAAUCUUAUGCUAGAGUACGCGUUCCUAUACGCGAUAGCAACAAGCAAAGGCCUUUAUCCUAUUAUCCCAGAGAAAUCUCCGCUUCCAACCGUGUUCAAUAUACAGGAAACAACAUUAUCACGUAUUGGAAAACGUCGGAAUGCUUGCUCAAAGCUUCCAAUACGCUCUGAGCGAUGGGCUCUAUCCUUUGACGAAAGGUUAGUUGAGGUCCCUCGCCAUAAAAGUGUAAAAUUUUACGGUUACUUUCAGUCUUGGAAAUACUGGGUAGAUAAUGAAGAGGAAAUUCGAGAUAUAUUCCGAUUCAAAGAGUCAGUCAGGCAAAAGGCUGAUUUGCAAUUCAAGGAUAUUUUACAAAGAAUGAAUUUCACAUUAGACAGUGAAAGUGUUGUCGUCAGCGUGCAUAUUCGCAGAGAGGAUUAUAUUUCAAAAGAAGUAGUGGCUUUCGGUAAAAUUACACCGAACGCAAGUUACUAUUUUAAUGCUAUAUCCUAUUUCAAAAAGAAGUUUAGGAAAGUGUUAUUUAUCGUUGGUUCAACAGACUUAGAGUGGUCUAGAGACGCUUUGAAUACAGAACCCAAUGUAUAUUUCUCUGAAGGAAAUUCGGCCGCGGAAGAUUUAGCUCUUCUUUCUAUGGCCAAUCACACGAUCAUGUCUGUGGGUACGUAUGGCUGGUGGAUUGGCUGGCUUGCAGGGGGCAUAGCUAUAUAUUACAAACAUAUGUUUGUCCCCGGAAGUCGAUUCUCUAAAGAUUUUAGAGAUGGUUCUACACAGGAUUUCAUAUAUCCAGGUUGGAUAGAAAUGGAAUAA